AUGGUAGCAAGGGCAAACAUCCUCUCGUGCACGUCAUGCCUGCGCCGAACUCUUCGAGCCACCACCCCCUCCGCGACACCAUGCCCGGCCGCGCAUCUAGGCCGCGCACAUGGCAGAACCUACGCGGCCACGCCUCCUCUCCCAGCUGAAGCUGCCGCCGGAGCUGCCGCCGGAGCUGCCGCCGCCCACACGCCGCCGGCGCUGCCCAGUCCGCGGCAGCCCUUGGCCGACCCGUUGGUCUCGACGCAGAAGCUGAAGUCCAAGCUGCAGCGCGUGGUCAAGAAGCACCUGGACUACCUGGACGACGACCCUUGGAAGAUUGCGCAGUACGUGGCGGAUGCCCUGGGCAAAGAUCGCUUCGACGAAGCGCUGCUCUUGACGCAAAGGGCCAGCAAGGACCGUCAGCUAGUGGUGGCCUGGAACCAUCUCAUCGGGCAUCUGCUGGAAAAGCAGCAGCUCAAGAGCGCCAUCAAACUAUACAACGAGAUGAAGAAAAGAGGGCAGCUGCCCAACGUCCAGACCUACACCAUCAUAUUCUGGGGCUGCGCCAAAUCCCAACACCCCAAGCUGGCCGUCGCCGAAGCCGUCAAGCACUACAACAUCCUCAUGGCCGACAAACGCAUCCAGCCAAACUCGAUCCACCUCAACGCCGUCCUCAACGUCUGCGCCAAAGCAGGAGACCUCGACACAAUGUUCCUCAUCGCAGGCACGGCCGACGAGUCCGCCCGAGCCCCGACCGCGUACACCUACACCACCAUUCUCAAUGCCCUGCGCCAUCACGCCAUGAAUAACCCCGUCGACCAGCAGCUUCCCCCGGAGCAGCAGGUCGCAAACAAGGCCAGAGCCGUCGAGCGUGCCAAGGGCUUGUGGGCCGAGGUCCUGGACAAGUGGAAGAAUGGCCGGCUGGUGAUUGACGAGGAGCUCGUCUGCGCAAUGGGCCGCGUCUUGCUGCUGGCUCCGGACCGGGACGAUAAACGCCGCGUCCUCGACCUCCUGCAACAAACCAUGAACAUUCCAAACCUGGCCAAGGCGGCCCCCGGGUCAGACGACGCCUUGCUGCAAGACCCAGCCGGGCGCGACGUCGCCGCAGGGGCAGGGGCAGGGGCAGGGGCAGGGGCAGGGGCAGCAUCAGCGGCAGCACCAGCGGCAGCAGCAGCAUCCGACGCCAAGGCCGCCGUCUCAUCGUCCUCGAGUCCAUCGUGCGCCAAGCCGGGGCGCAACACCCUUGCCCUGCUGCUCACUGCCCUGGCCUCGUGCAAGCUCACCACUGCAGGCAUCAAGUACUGGAACCUUCUGGUUCGCCACCACGGCAUCGUUCCGGACAACGACAUCUGGCUCCGCAUGUUUGGCAUGCUCAAGGUCGCCAAAGCCAGCGGCCACGCAGCGGCGCUGCUCGACAUCGUCCCUGCCGAUUUCAUCGGCCCCAAACAUUACCAAAUCGCCAUGCAAACCUGCGUUCGCGACAACAUCAACCCCAACGCCUCCGCCAACUCCAACUUGGUUCUCGACUCCAUGCUCAGCCGCCUUCAGGUUCCCGACCUCCACGCCCUCCGCCUCUACCUGCGAGUCGCCCUCGUCAACCACUUUCACAUGCGGAAGCGUGCCCAAGACGGCGACAAGCUGUCCGCCAAACAAGAGUACGGCACGCAGAUAGCCCGCGCCCUGGCUCGCCUUUGGGAGCCGUACAAAUCAGUGCACCAUCACUAUUUCAAAGCAACCUCUCCGCCGCCCACCAAGAGGGACCAGGGCAUGCUCUACAACAGCAAGCGUGAGGUCAUCGCUCUCGCGCGGCUAAUGUUCUCCGCUUCCAACAAGGUCGUCAAAGAGACCAUGCUUCCAGCAAACGAGCUGCGUCAAUUCCGAUCCUCCGGGGCCAAAAUCAACCGCGAGAUACAGGCCUUUUACUCUAAUCGUGAGCAAAUAGAGCCUAAACUGAGCGGCUCGUCAUCGCGCACAGUCUUGCAAGAGUCUGAAGAGUCUGAGGCCACGGAUUUGCCAGACGACCGACUUCAUCGACCUGGCGGAGACUUCGUAUGGGACACGACCGGUCUGAAAUAG